CCAUGAUGACAUAAGAGCAAUGUGAGUAGUGGUUUUUUUUUCUCCCCUCUUUUCAUUUUGCAGUUCUGUUUUACACUGGUUCUGGCAGACAGUUCUCUCCUGACACUGUUUACAGCACAUGAUACUUGAGUCAGUCUCUUUUUUAAUCGGCAUAAGGGAAUUAAAGAGAGCAGCAUCAAAGAAAGAGGUACAUUAAUAAUUGCAGCGAUGCAUCUCCAAUUCCUUCCUUUAUUGGUGCUGCUUGUUGUUGGCAGUGUGUUCUCCCAAUAUUAUGAUUAUGGUUCACCAGAUGAUUACUAUGGAGGAGGCCUAGCUCAUGGACCUUCCACUGCUAACUGUGCACCAGAAUGUAACUGUCCAGCAAAUUAUCCUUCCGCAAUGUAUUGCGACAACCUUAAAUUAAAGAAAAUACCAUCGAUUCCAACCGGAAUUCAGUACUUGUAUCUGCAGAACAACAUGAUUGAGGGUAUAGAUGAUGACACAUUCAAAAAUGUGACUGAUUUGAGAUGGCUUAUUCUAGACCACAACCACCUGUCUAAUGCCAACAUUAAAAAAAAUGCUUUUUCCAAGUUGAAAGAGCUACAGAAACUGUACAUGAGUUUCAACAACCUCACUGAGCUUGUGGGGCCACUACCAAAGACAAUGGAUGACUUGCGUGUAACUAACAACAAACUUUCAAAGAUUACCCCUAACAUUUUAGAAGGGUUGGAGAAUGUUACUGUUAUCCAUCUACAGCACAAUGCGCUGAAAGCGGAUUCAAUUUCAGGUGCAUUUAAAGGCCUAAAAUCUCUUUUAUACCUUGAUCUAAGCUUUAAUGAGCUCACAAAGUUACCUAUAGGACUUCCACCAAUCAUAAAUAUGCUCUAUUUUGACAACAAUAAAAUCAGCAAUAUCCCAGAUGAAUACUUCCAGGGUUUCAAAUCUCUACAGUAUCUCCGCCUGUCUCACAAUGAUCUGAAAGAUGCUGGUGUACCUGGCAAUGCAUUUAAUAUCUCAACCCUCAUUGAGCUGGAUCUUUCAUUUAAUUCACUUGAAAGUAUUCCAGCUGUGAACGAAGGCCUGGAAAACCUCUACCUGCAUGUCAACAAAAUCAAAAAAAUCAAUUUGAGCAGCUUUUGUAAGGUUAUUGGUCCACUGGAAUAUUCUAGGAUCAGACACCUGCGCUUGGAUGGAAACAACAUUACCCGAGCCGACGUUCCCCAGGAGAUUCACAAUUGUCUCCGUCUAGCUUCAGAAAUCGAGUUGUAAUAGGGAAUCAUUUGUGUAAACAGUGGUUCCUGAAUCCCAAGCCAAUGAUUUAUUAUUUCUUUCUUUCUGUGAUUCAUUCAGGUUAAUGAAAUCCAAUGAAAUAUACAACAUAUUAAGAUGUGAUUCUUCACAAGUUUUUAUCAGGUUAAAUGCAUGUGAUUCAACUCAAAAAUUUAAGUGAAAACAUAAAACAUAAUUUUAGUGCAAGCAGUAUUUUAAUUAACCUAUAGCAAAAUGUGAUAUAAAGAGGAAAUAAAUAUAUAUAUAAAAAUGCCUUGAUGGGGAAAUAAUGCAGAAGAUUAAAAAUGUAAAUAUAUACCAUGUUAAGGAUGGUCUAGAAUGGAAAAGUAAGUGUAUUUUGUUUUGUUUUUAUGUAAGUGCUGGCAUUUUUUUAAAAGUUACAUUUGGUGUCUAGUGACUGCAGCUAUGAGUACCGCAUGUGCAUGACAUCGCCUCUAAUAGCUUGUAAGGAGAGCCCACAUUUCACUGCACAAAACUUGUAAUAUAGACAAUGGUAAGAAUACACUCCAGAUAACUUGUAUCCACAAAAGGAAAAUGUAAACGGCAGAAUAUCCUAAUAUGUGAUGUCAGCUGUAACAUGAUUUUAGGGGCAUAACCAGAAUAAGGGGGGGAUGGGGGUGUAGGGGAUACUGUACCCUGGGCCCCCCUGCUAGGUAGUCUCCUGGCCAAAGCACACUGACAUCACUAGCUCUCCCUCUUGUGCAGCAGCAGAACCAGCGGAAUCGCUGCCAGAAGGACAGUGUGCUGUGUUGGCAGAGACAUGGGAGUAACAGGUUUCAUUACCUACUGUACCAAUGGAGCUUCCCGACCAGGGGGGCGAGUUAGGAGGGGGGAUAGAGCUGUUAGUUACCCAGGGAUCCCAGCAUCUCCUCCUCUUCUGUGUUGAAAUACCUUUCUUAUCAAUUAAAUAGUUCAACACAGGUGAUGCCAAUCAUAUAUUAAGAGGAUAUCCAGGAGCAGACUAUUUUGGCCCUCCAGGAAUGGGUCAAAAUCUAAUAUACCCCCCCCCCCCUUACACCGGCCUUGUUUAAGGAGAGGUACGAAUGGCCACAUCCACUGGAUCAGUAUGAGGCAAAGCAUCAGCACAGGCUAGAAUGCAGUAGUGUAGCAUGCUAAAUUAGGCUUAUACUACUACUCUUAGUAUGUCUGACUGUAGUUUGUAGUUUGUUUGAAACAUGUCUAUAUGAUUGAAAGAUUUGGACUCCACUCUUCUGCUAAGGUCAAUGAUUUGAUGUCAAAUUUCACAAGUGCUCAGGUAUCGGAGUCCAUUAAUAAUGCAGUGAAAAAGCUAGCGUCUUACAUUGAGUUAUGUCAGAUUUUUAUGUGAAUAAUUGUUAUAAACUCUUCACAAUUCAAAUUCAACACAAAAAGCAAGAGAAAUGUUAAAUGAUCAAUGUAAUCUUCAAUUAUAUAUUUAUAUUGUAAGAUAUCCCCAGUGAUUAUAUAUUGAUUGCCAUGUGUUAUGCUGUGCAUUUAAAUUUUCGGCAUAAUGUCCUUUGCUGGUUAUUUGGCAUAUAGAUGUUUGACGAAUUUACCUGAAACAUAAUUUCUUAACUGAUAGAAAAUAUUACUGCGUGUAAUCUGCUGUAUGGGCUGGUCCAUUUGUUAAGCAAUAAAGCCUUGUUUUACAGUGUU